UGCAGAUAUUUUUCCUUUUGGUAGUGAUUCAGUCAUUUCAGAUGAGUAAUAAAGGUUUUUCGGAUUAAAAUAAACUUUCAGCUAGUCAGUACGCUACCUGAUGAUAGUUGUGUCCGUGUUUGAACAGAUCAGAGGAUUCAAAGAGAGAUCUGUGCAUAUAAAUAGAAUAAAAAUUUAAAAAAUAGUUUACCUCGGUCAGCAAUUGUUUCCGACCGGCUCUGAAGAAGGAUGGCGGAGUGCUUGUUAAAUCUGCAAACCGAGCUUCACUCUUUCAUGGAGAUUUUACUCAAAUCCAUCGUGUACGAAUUGUCAGACGUUUUCCGAAACAGGAUGCGUGACUCUGAAGACGAGUUUCAAGACAAACUCCGCAGAAUCUCCCAGAUUCUGGUGAGACGGGCAGUGUUUAGAAUCACACAGUGUGUGGAGGACAGUUUCGGGAGUGAAAUGGCGCAGCUGAAGAAGGAAAACGAGAGCCUGAAGCGGAGAUUGCAGUUGUGGGAGAAGUGGUCGGGAGCAGGGGGAGAUCUAGGACAGACGGAUCAUUUUGGACACACGCUUCCGUAUGAGAUCACUGCAGAACUAAAAGAAGAAAUGGACACGAAACUGGAGCUGUUAGUUUCAGCAUCCAGUGCUCUCCCCAAUACUGGGGAAAGUGCUCCUUAUGAACAGCAGCACAGUGAGGAGGAGUGGGGCUCCAGUCUGAUGCAGGAGACAGAGCACAUUGCUGCUGAAGGGGAAGAGAAAUUCUAUGAGCAGUACACGGAGAGCAGACGGAGUGUCGAGCAUCCGGACUCUGUGCCCAUGAUGAAGACAGAAUCUCAGAGUGAGACACCUCCUAGCCUCUUAGUAUCUGAGGAAUGUACAGAGAAGAUUAAUAAUCUGGACACCAAGAAUAUUACUGAAAAUUGUAAUGAUCUGGAUUACGUUUCUGUUAAGGAGCAAAAAGAAGUACUAGAUGAUUUCAAUCUUACAGAGCAGGAUAUGGAGCCCCAGUUGAUUGACCCUGCAAAGCAGCAGAUUGAUGCACCUGGUGAAACAAAGUGGUGUCAAGUGAAGUCAAGUGAUUUAAUAACACACCAGUUCAUUGCAGACCAGAGGAACAGAAACACUCGUUUAGCACCUUGUUCAGAUAAAAUGGAGAAAAUGUCAAUACAACACAAACAUCAGAAAUAUUUUCAUCAGUCAGUGAAAUUAAAUAAACACCAGAGCACUCACACAGGGAGGAAGACAUUUAGUUGCACUCAGUGUGGGAAGAGAUUUAAUCUUUUAAGGCACUUAAAAACUCACCAACGCAUUCACACAGGAAAGAAACCAUUCAGCUGCAGUCAGUGUGGGAAGAGUUUUAGUAUUUCAAGCAACUUAAAAACUCACCAACGCAUUCACACAGGAGAGAAACCAUUCAGCUGCAGUCAAUGUGGGAAAUGUUUUAGACAGUUGAGCACUUUAAAAACCCACCAGCGUAUUCACACAGGGGAGAAACCUUUCAUUUGCAGACAGUGUGGGAGGAGUUUUAGCCGGUCUUGCAACUUAAAAGCUCACCAGCUUAUUCACACAGUGGAUAGAGCAUUCAGCUGCAGUCAGUGUGGAAAGCAUUUUCGUCUUUUAAAACACUUAAAAGGUCACCAGCUUAUUCACACAGGAAAGAAACCAUUCAGUUGCAGUCAGUGUGAGAAGAGUUAUUUUCAUUUACACAAAUUAAAAAUCCACCAGCGCAUUCACACAGGGGAGAGAGCAUUCAGUUGCAGUCAGUGUGGGAAGAGUUUUACUCGGCCAGACACAUUAAAAACCCACCAGCUUAUCCACACAGGAGAGAAACCAUUCAUUUGUAGUCAGUGUGGAAAGAGUUUUAGUCUUUUAGAACACUUAAAAACCCACCAGCUUAUUCAUACAGGAGAAAAACCUUUCAGCUGCAGUCAUUGUGGGAAAUGUUUUAGUCGAUCAAGCACCUUAAAAAGCCACCUGCGCACUCACACAGGGGAGAAACCAUUUAGCUGCGGUCUGUGUGCGAGGAGUUUUAGUCGGUUAGGCUACUUAAAAACACACCAGCUUAUUCACACAGGGGAGAAACCAUUCAAUUGCAGUCAGUGUGGGAAGACUUUUCGGGAGUCACGUACAUUAAAAAUGCACCAGCGCAUUCACACAGGAGAGAGACCAUUCAAUUGCAGUCAGUGUGGGAAGAGUUUUAGGGUGUCACGCACUUUAAAAAACCACCAGCGCACUCACACAGGAGAGAAACCAUUCAAUUGUGGUCAGUGCGGGAAGAGUUUUAGUUUGGCGAGCAACUUAAAAAUACAUCAGCGCACUCACACUGGAGAGAAACCUUUCAGCUGCAGUCACUGUGGGAAGAGAUUUAAACACUCAAGCACCUUAAAAACCCACCAGCUUAUUCACACAAGAAAAACAGUGAACCUUUGCACAGAAGGCUAGAAUUGGACAAUGAUUCAUUAAUAUUGUACUUAAAAAAACAUCUACAUUUCUUCUAUUUCUUUUCUAAUCUGUUGUGGUAUGGUCCAGACCUGAACUAAGCAAGUAUCUGUUAUCUGUGAAGCAUGAAGAUUUCAAAGAGCUAUUUUAAUUGCUCAAACAGUUCUGUAAUUUCUAUUGCCAACAGAUAUUCUCUGACACAUGAACUUGAUUACCUUAGAGAGAUUGAUCUUUGAGUUUUGUUUUAAAUGUGGUCAUCUGCACAUGCUGAGCAAGAGAGACACAUUGUGCGGAGUGCUCUGGAGUGUUCACAGAGAGAGUGUGUGGCAUUUCAGAGAUACUGGAAGGCAGGGAUAACCAUUGUGUUAUGUCUGGAAACCUCUGUUAAGGUUCUAAUGCAUCACCAUUCCCCGCGUGACGCAAGCAAAGUAUAAUUCUUAUCUUUAUAGCGUGCUUGUUUGAGAGCUGGCAACCAGACCGCUGAAGGGUACAUUUAUAGCCAGCAGUCAUGUCACCCUGAAACACACAUCUAGUAACCCACUGUAGCUAGGCACGUGUGAGCCUGCUCAGUACCUGGAUGAGAUGCCUCCUGAGAAAAACUAAGGUUACUGCUGGAAGAGGUGUUAG